AUGUUGCUGCAGCCAGCUGCUUGCUUCCGAUGGCUUCCCCCACAGCGAGCCGUACUGCGCCGCCCUCGGAGCGGCGGCGGGAGCGAGUGCAGACGGUACGGUAAAGAUGGCGGGCCGUGCCGGGCCCGGGCGCGCAGGUUCCUUAUCGCGCAGAGAUUGAGGCAGCAGCCCGCAGCGCAGCCGGCGCUUAUCGCGGCCCGCCAGCCGGCGCCGCCCCCGCUGCCCCCGCCGCCCCGCCCGCUAUCACCCGCUCGCAUCCAUCUCCCGGCCCUGCCCUGCCCUUGCCCGAUUAACGCGUACAGUCGGUCGCACCCGCGCCGCGCCCAGCUACCAGCACCCACAGCACAGAGCCCGAGACGCCGCACGCCGAAUUACACCGCCUGUAUAGCACGCGGCCGACCCAGCGCGUAG